AGCUGAGCUGCUUUCAGACGACUCCGUCUUGUUGUGGAUGCUGAAGCUGAUCAUGGUUCUCCUGUGGAUGAUCCUGUUGGUGGUUCUACUCUGUGCAGAGGCCGAGAACGUGACCGAGGUCAGAGGAGAGCUGGGGACCAAUGUCACUCUAACCUGCUCCAAUCAGACAUCAGAAACAUACUGGUACAUGGAGAUCCACAGUCAGUUCAGAGCAUGUAUCGGCCGCAGUUUUUCUUCAGCAGACUCUACCUACUGCUCUCCUGGUUUUGAAACCAAAUUUUCAAUCCUGCAAAACAAACUUGUGAUUAAAAACUUUACAGCAGAGGACUGCAGGCUUUACUUCUGUGGCAUCAAGAGAGGAGGCAGCAUUCAUUUUGUGGAGACUUUCCGCUUUGUCUCAGAUGUAACUGAAACAACUCCAUCUGUCACAGUCACUGACAGUAACCGCCCAGACCAACAAUCUAACAAGAAUGCAUUGCAGAGUGAUCGUGUUGUUUUCAUCUCUCUGAGCCUGAAUGCUGCACUUGUUCUUGUGGUAAUCUGUCUGAGUUGUGUGUCGCUGUCUCUGAAGAGGAGAAUCAGCAAGUAUCAGGCACACCUCCCUCCAGCUGGGACCAGUGAGAGGCUGGAGACUCCACAGUAUGAGGAGAUCCAGCUCCCCCGUCGAUCUGCUGCUCCUGCUACAGAGAGCAUUUACUACAAACUUCAGGUUCCUCACUUGACACUGCCUCAAAGCUGAUGGACACACCUGGACAGGUGGAUGAUACCUGGUGGAUUCAGAUUUUGUGGACAGAGGUCAGUCUGAUGACUCAGGACUUGCUGCUCUGCUCGUGGGAGGAUUUCUUUCUUCCUGUCAAGAAAAUCCACAAACUUGACAAACAUCAGAAAUGCAGUGAGAUUAAUUUCAGUCAGAAACAAUCUGCUCUGCUUCUGAGCUCAGAUGGACCCAAGAAUGUGACAACCUUUAGCCAAACCUGUGUUAAGGUGGUUUAGGAUUUAAGGUGGAUAUGCCAGAAUUCAAAGCUGCUGUUAAAACCUUUAAAUAUUUAUUUGUUCUGUCUAUGUUUGCAUCUGUUUAACAGUUUUUUUUAGCUGUCUAGUUGUUUAUGCUAUUCUGAACACAAAUCCAGUUUCCAUAUAAACCAACACAAUGAUUCAAAUGUGAACAGAGACAGAAUGCAGUGAUACAUUCAAAGCUUAAGUAAGUCACGUUUGUUUAAAGAUUGGCUUUAACAGGCAUCAUGAAACCGCAUGCUGGGAAAAAUGUAAAAACUAUGAAAAUAUCUAUAAAAUAUAAUUUAAAAAACUGAGCUAAUAGCAGCAAACAAACAAAACUGCAUGUUCAGAAUAGAAAAAACUGAACAUAAAAACAAUCAUAACAAAAGAGUCCCAGUUCCAAAGCCUCUGUCCCCCCAUGUAGUCUGUGAGGGGCGAUUAAUAGAUUUUGAGCCUGGUAUUGAAGACUGCAAGCAGCUGAGUGUUUAACAAGAAGUUGAGAUGAAUAGCCUGGAGAUCAUUCAUUUGGGGCUCUUUAUGUAAGUAUGAGAAUUGUAAAACCAACUCAAAAAUUGUUAAGUUUUACAUUUCUGCCCUCACAAGCUCCAGGUGGUAACCAAGAGAUCUAGAAGACCCAAAUGGGCUUCCUCCAGAGGGUGUCUGGGUUUUCCCUUCAAGAUACAGUCAGUGAAUGACGCAGAGAUGCUGCUCCUCCACAUUGGAUGGAGCUGUCUGAGGUAGUUUGAAAAUAUGCUUCAGUGUACUUUAAAUACAUGUACUGUACUGUUUAGUGUUAACACAUUAAACAUGUGACAACACCAAUGAAAAGAAACCAAAUCUGUUUGGUGUUUUGUUUUAUUUUAAAUAGUUUCAUAAUGUUCUGCUUC